UUCUAUCGAUCAUUUCACAUUGAAUUGAAAUCCUUAUAGUCUUCUUCCUACACUUAUUUUACUCUCACAUUUCCAAUUUCUCCAUAUCUUAAACCUUCAAAUCAGGUCUGAGCAUUCAAGUUUGAAGAAUUGUGCGUGCUCGUAUCACCCUUUCGUUUCAGCCAAGUUUCAUGUCUGAUCUUGAUCUCCAAGUUCCUAAUGCUUUUGAUCCCUUUGCUGAGGCAAAUGCUGAGAACUCUGGUGCGGGGACAAAAGAUUAUGUGCACAUCCGUAUACAGCAAAGGAAUGGUAGGAAAAGCCUGACAACUGUGCAAGGUUUGAAGAAAGAAUUCAGCUAUAAUAAAAUUCUGAAGGAUCUCAAGAAAGAGUUUUGCUGCAACGGAACUGUUGUUCAGGAUCCAGAACUGGGGCAGGUUAUUCAACUUCAGGGUGAUCAGCGGAAGAAUGUUUCAACAUUUCUUGUCCAGGCUGGGGUAGUGAAGAAAGAACAUAUCAAAAUUCACGGUUUCUGAUUGCCAUCAUCCAUCACCACGUAGUUACACUACUUGUUUCUGUUCAAAAUAAUGCUCUGCUAUGAACUUGCUAAUGUUGUUCUUCUGCUUGUUUGACAUAAGUAAUGCAUUUGUUGUUGCUUUUUCUGCUAAA